CUAGAUCUAGCUAGGAGCCCACAAUUUAGCGGAGUUAACCACCUCAUCUCAAACUUCACCAAACCCUAAUUCUACUCUCUCUCGCUCCCCCUCUCCCCCUCCCUCCUUUCUCUCUGUGAUACAAUGAAGCAUAUUGUGAAAAUUAUGUCAUUUUUGGUGUUGAUGUCUGCUGUCUGGGUAGGAUUAUUGCAGGCCUCAAUUGUUCCACAGAGUUAUACUUGGUUGCUCCCAUUAUACUCUAUAGUGUCACUAGGCUGCUAUGGGCUAUUGAUGGUUGGAGUCGGUCUAAUGCAGUUUCCAACUUGUCCUCAAGAGUCCCUCUUGUUACAGAAGGACAUAAUUGAGGCCAAAGAAUUCCUGAAGCAACGAGGAGUAGAUGUGGGUUCUGAUUAACGAGGAUUGCUAGCAUUCUUUCGGAAGCAACAAAGUUCACAACUUAAUGACAGAUUAUAGUGAUUUCAACUUCUAAGUACCUUGUUUUCUCCCACAGCCAGAAUUCACAUAGUAGUUGAGGAAUUGUGAUUGACUUGUAUCAAAAUGGGUCUCGUUGUUCUUGAAGUUGCUUACUUCUGACAUUUAUGUGUAAGUAUGCUAUACAAAGAAGAGGAUUCACCAAAGAAGAGGAUUUUUACUGUAUAUGGUUUCACCUUACAGAAAUGGAACUGUUUGAUAUUAA